UAAUAUAUUGUGAGGUCACAGUGAAGAGAUUCAUGGACAAAUCAAGUUGGUACUUCAGGAAAUGUACAGGUUGUGAUUUAGAGCUAGAAGUUCAAGAUGCAAAAUUCAAAUGCUUACGUGAUGGUGGUUGCGGAAGGAUUUACCCUUAUCCUGAGAAGAGAUUCCGAGUAGGCACUCUAUGCUCUGAUGAAACUGGAUCAAUUACUAUUAUCUUCCCAGACAACGAAAUCACGAGAAUGAUUGACAAAACUGUUAUUGACAUGCAUGCUGAAUGUGCUGAUGAAGCGGAGGAGGAGAAAUUUCCAGAAAUACUCAAUUUCCUUCUCAAAUAGAAAUAUACCAUAAGCCUUGAUCUGAACAAGGAGAAUAUUGAAAAAGGUUGUACGGUAUAUAAUGCCAAACAAAUUGUGGACACGCAUGAAAAAGGUGACAGCUUUGAUCCAAACAAGGCCACAGUUGUUGAUGUGGAAGACGUUUCAAUGCAGAACGUUACUGAAACGGAUGCUACUGCCAAUCAAACACCGAACACCGGAUAUUCAACCAACAUGAAGUCCAGAGCACGCAAGAUAACUGAAGCGUUGGAGUACAAUCAAACUGAAACUGCAACUGCAACAAUCCCUCCACUGAAAAAUAUCAAAAUUGAAAAGGUCUCUAAAUGAAUGACUCGGUUGCCAACUAGCAUUGCAGCAUUUUAAUUCAGACAAGGACUUUUGUAUUAUUACUAUUAUUGCAAGCUUUGUUGCUGAAACAAUAUUUCUGAACAUUUCAUUUUCUGCUUGCAUAUUAAGAUUUGUAACUGCACUAAACAGUUUUUUGCUUUAUGAUAUGCUGCACUGUACUUGACUGAUUUGUUAUCUAUUUAGAUAAGAUAAUUUACUCCUUAAUUAAAUGCUAUUAUUGUUUGUUGUAAACAUUUACUCACUUUCUGUACAUUACCGACUAUAUAUAAACAAACACUGUAAUACAAUUUACUCUUCAAGAAGAGGACAUACAAUGGCCACUGCACAGUAUCAAACACUUGACAAGCUUAAAGCUGGAGUUGAUGAGUACAAGAUCAAAGUUCGAGUUAUUCGCUUAUGGAGAGGCUCAACAAGAACCGGUGAGGAGUUCAAAAAUUUCAACUUGAUUCUCCUUGACCACAAGGGUCAAAGGAUUCAUGCCUUUGUUCCGACAAAAUGUGUAGAGGAGAUUUAUAGCCAGAUAAUUGUUGGAAGAGUCUUCAGCAUCAAGCAAUUUAUGGUGCAGAAAUACAGCCAGACAGAGAAGUUUAGAGUGGUGAGAAACGAGAGUCAGCUGAUUUUCAGUAAAGACACCAUCAUCCAAGAGCAAGCAGAUGAUGGUGUUACCAUCCCACAGGAAGCUUUUGAUUUCUACGAUCAUAGCCAACUGAUAGAACUUUCAAAUCAAACCACUUACCUGGCAGAUGUUGUAGGAAUCAAAAAAGAUUAUGAUCAGAUAAGAGAUCUAAAGAACAAGCAUUGUCAAGAUCAGAAAAAAACAAAGUUGGUUAUCACUGAUGGGAGGUUGGCGAAUGAGGAGUUUGCAAAAAAGGCAUUAGGCAAAAACAAUGUUAAAACCAUACACAAGAUCAAUGUUGAUGAGCUGAAGAAACUUGGAAAAAAUGCUAUUGAGGGAUUAUUCAUGCUACACGUGACAAUCAAAAGCAUUGACCCAACCUUUGGAUGGUUUUACAAUGCAUGCACAAGCUGUGAGAAGGAAACGAAGAUGGAAAAUCCGUGUCCAAUUUGUGAGAGCUGCAAUCGCUAUGUUCCUUAUCCAGAUCAGAAGUUCAGAUUUCAUGUCAUUGCAGAGGAUAUGACUGGAAAGGUUCAAGUUGUCUUGGGACAUAGGGAGGCACGUACAAUUAUUAGAAAAAGAUGUUUACAUUUGGCUGAUGAGAUGUUCACUGAGGAAGGAUUGUCGAAAACUUUGCUAAGUAUUGUCGACAAAGACUACAGCUUAGUAAUCCAAGUGAGGGAAAUGAAUGUCGUAAACAAUUUCAAUGUUUACCGGGCCAAUAACAUAUGCAAAGGCUUUGUUGGCCUUCCAGGUGCCACAAAUCAGAGUGCUAACGCCAAAGAUGCACAAACUUCCCAGCCAACAACUUCAACCUACAAUGCUGGAGGUCUCUCGGACAUCGACUUAGCCAGCAACUGAAACAAGCGACGCAGUGUUUGAAAACCUACAUUUUGCUAUUAUCCUAAACAAAAGCUCUGAACUCAUGUUCUUUUGGUCUAACUAAAGCAACUGUGAAAUGCUUUUGUUCAUUUUGACUGAGCAAGCUAUGUAACUAUAUUUUCAACUAUGUAACUCUUUCUUAUCAGCAAUGUAACAUAUAAGUAACAACCAAGCUGAAUGCUCCAACCUU